AUGCGCGGCAGCCCGCACCCGCCCCGGGCCACGGCCAACAGCGCCAGCAGCCCGGCCGAGCCGCCCCAGCGCAAGGUCUUCAACUGCAUCGUCGACGACACGGCGCUGAUCGCCGGCGUGAAGAAGAGCACCCGCGACGGCAUCCGCAAGUGGAUCGCCCAGGGCGCCAUCUGUCUCUUUGUCCCGCUGCACACCCUCACUGCGCUCCACCGCCUGAAGACUGGAAAUGACCGUGUCAGCGCAGACGCCCGUGAGGCCGUCAAGUGGCUGGACGACAUCACAUCGUCCUCGGCCGACGCCGCCGACCGCGUCGUCCUCGAAGGCGUCGACGAAGCAUACACGACGUGGGAAGACGUCGCCCGGUUCAUGCUGCCAGAGACGCUGCUCUCCAUGGACGACAGCGACUCGGACGACGACGACUACCACGAAGACCUUGAGAGCUCCUUCAACGCCCUCGACAUGUCUGACGGGACCUCGAUGAGCUCCGCGCACAGCCUGGACGACGCUGCGCCCAAGACGCCAGACUCGCCUCGAUCCAUGAUGACCAAGAGCAACGUCGCCGGCCAGGAAGCCGCCACAGACAAGGAGCACCUCAACGCCAUUGCCUCGGACUCGCCAGCCCGCACCGCACGCAACAUCUCAGAACCGUCCCGAGGCGCAAGCUCGCCCAAGCGCCCUGUGCCUGCCUACCUGAAGCCGCUGUUCAACCACGUUCUCUGGCGCAUCAACAAGGAAUCCAACCCAGACGCCGCCCUCGCCUCCUACAUUCUCCUGACCAACGAUCCCACCAAGCAGGCGAUUGCCUCCAAGUUCGGCAUUCGCGCCAAGCGCCUCGAGCAGCUGCGCGACACUGUCGCGCGCGAGGACCGAGAGUACAAGAACCACCUGACCCUGCACAGGAUCGAGUCAGAGUCCACCAUGGCAAAGAAGAACGCGCCACCGACUCCCAAGGCAGCCGAGCGCCCCAAGUCCAGUCACUCGAUCCAGGACAGGCCAGGAGAAGGCUCUGACGACGAGGACGUCGUCCUGUUCCAGCGUGCGCCCCGCGGCCCAGCGGCCAUCACAAACACCCACCGCGUCUGGGACCCCAACGACUUUGGUCGCGCAAACCAGCAGCAAUCGCCACGAGGCGGUCGAGGUGGCAGCAUUGCGCCUCGAGGCCGAGGCGCGCCGUCUCCUCGAGGACGUGGCGCGUUCGUGCCUCGCGGUGCCUACGUCCCGCCAGGACCGCAAGUGCGCCCUCCACCUGCGCCUCGCCACGAUCCAAACGCGCCCAUCGAUCCAAACUCAUUCGCGCGCCCCAUGCCUCGAGCCAGUCCAGCCCGCGGCGGAAGCGGACGAAAGCUAUGGGAGCCAAACUAG